AGGGCAGUGUGUGGAAUGACAGUGUUGGUAAAGGCUGUGGCAGGUUCCUGGGACUUGGGUGUGGACUCUCGCUCAGGAGAUGAACAGUUCCCGUUGAACCUGUUCGCCCUGUUUUGGGGCAGCCUGCUGAUUGGCUGGAGCAGGGCAGAGAGCUGCUGGCAAAGGUUUCCUCGGCUCACUGUGUGGCUGAAGCAGGAGUUGGGAGACAGUCAGUGUCCCUUCACAGAAACCUCUCAGCUCAGCCUCAACAUGAAACUCCUCAUCCUCCUGGCUCUCAGCUCCUUCACUGACGCUGGAACUUUUAAUAUUUCUUUGGCGAACCAAGCUAACAAUGGUAUUGUUGGAGGUGUCCGUUCACUAUCAGCCAUUGUGAACCUGCCACCAUGUAUGUUCUCGAAUCAGCAAGUGAUGGUCAAUGUUACAGACGCGACAGGAGGCCCAGGACCGGGACAGAAAAAUUUUGUGAACCCAAUCUGUCGAUUCAAACGGGGGCUGAUCAGUAUCGUGUCUGAUGCUAAUGAUGUUCGACAAACAUUGAACUUGGGUUACCAAUUGACAAAUCUCAGACCGGGCACAGAAUACAAUGUGGUUUAUCGUAUCGGCAAUGAGGAAAGUAACCCCCUCAGCGUCACUACCAUCUCACCGAUGGAUUUCAAUAACAUUGAUGUUGGUUUCUCGGGACGGAGUGGGGCGAUGGUGGUGAUUACUGUGCUGCUGUCUGUUGCCAUAGCUGUGCUCAUCAUCCUCCUGAUUGUUUCUGUAUUCGUCAGAACUUAAACAAUAGGCUUGAAGGAUGAUCAAAUCCUAUCAGUUAUAUAUGAACCUUUUUAUUAAUUGUGCAUUUUAUAAUUGUGCUCUGCACUUUCAAAUGUUCUGUAUUUAAUUUGCAAUUUGGAGGGACAGUUACUAAUUAUGAAUGGAAUAGUUCUGUACCAUGUUUUAAUUAUUGAGAAUUUUAUCUUUCUGUCCCAUGAGUCUUACUGAGCUCUGUCUGUUAUUCAUCCCAUAAUCCCAAAAUCUUUUAACCCUCCGUCCCUUCUGAAAUAAUCCUCCAGUCCUCACUGGAUCCCUCCCUGAAUCUCUUGGUUCUGAUCAAUCUGUUUGUGGGGAAUAGGUGCUGGGGGUGGCUGUAGAAACUCAGAGAUGUGGGAAUGAUGGUUCUGUGCUUUCACUGAACCUGAUUAAAACACUGUACACUGACAUUGUACUCUCAAUUUGUAUUUAAAAUAUAUAUUUAUAAUCCAGUCUCAUUCAAGCCACUCAGUAAAACCAGGGAGAGAGUUCUAUGGGUCUGGUGUGUGUGCCUGUUUGCUGCAUGUGUGGUUUUUUCUGAGUGUGGAUGCAUGACUUUUUGUGAAUGACCAGUUUUGGUCUAUUGACUGGUUUUGGUGUGAGUGUAAUUUUUGGUGAGUGUGAUUGUGGCAUGUGCAGAAUCCAGUGUGAAAAGUUCUCGCUGGGUACCUUGUGCUGGAGAACUAGUAUUGAUCGAAACCAUAGGACAACAGGAGAUGCUUGAGAUGAGUUUGAGCAGAAGUGCUGAUGAGAUGUGCCACAGUGCUGGGGUAAGGUGGCAGCAGGAGGAUGUGUAUUUGACAUUUUCAGCUCAGAUAUUUCUCUGACACUACUAUUUCAUUCAAAUGUCAAUGAUUUAUUUUCAAUGCAAGUCAAAGUUCAUAUGUAGUACUCAAUGGUAUUGUGCCUGAUCAUGUGAAUACGCUAACUAAUCUAUGCUCACCAAACUUGAUUGGUUAAGCCUUCGUGUGGACUGGGAGCAAACUAAACAGACACCAAAGAAACUUCUAGAACCUGAGCCUGUGCAGACAUUUUAGGUUACUGAGAUAUUUUAAAACUCUUGUAAAUAAACCUGUUGCACACAAA